AUGCCUGACCUUCUCACCUCCUUGCAUACAAGCCCAAGGGUCGAAGUACGUGCAGAAGCCCAGCUUUUGCCCGUUGAAUCACUGCAAACGAAGAGACCGGUCUUUUCCAUAAAUAGUCCGGAAGAUGCAUUGGAGGCUCUAAGAUCAAAGCCUGACCAUGCGACUCUUAGCAGAGCUCUUCGUUGGCUCAAUAGAACAGUACCCCACAACGAUGAGUUCGACAUCAAGAAGCCCGGUCCCAAGGCUGCCCAGAUAAUCUUUACUUUAAUCAACGACAUUGUCCCUGAUUAUUGGGAGACCUUGAGCGUUGAAAGCGGCCAAGAAAAGAAUCUACUGGCCCAAUGCCUGAGCAGUAUUGCUGGCGUUGGCGCCAUCACCUCCCGGCUUCGUCUCCUACUUAGUUUGCUAAAAGAUAAUCAAAAGCCCGCUCAGGUGCCCGUUGUCAGCAAGACCCAGCCUGUAGAAAUUCUAUUAAGUGUUCUUGAAACAGUCAUGGCCAAGGAGGAUUUCAUUACAGCCAUAUGGCAUGAUAUCGAAGGCUUCAAUUUGCCAUCAUCUCAAAAGUUUCUACAAUGGAAAGAAUUUGCCUCGUUGGUGGCUUCGGGCAAAGUCCUGUCUGUUGCUAGUGAAGCCAAUCUUACAUUGAGCGACUUGAGCCUGAGUAUUAGAGCGGGUAGCUGGGUAGGAUAUGGCAGUCAGUAUGCCGCAUGGCUUGGAAGGUGUAUCCAACACGCGGUCAAAGCGGAGAAAGACGAUGACGUUGAGGGCCAGAAAGCGCUGUCGCAGCUGCUGAGCAAAGGCAUGACUCUAGGAUAUACAGAUCAACUUGUUCAGGCCGGAUUCUUGGAUCUGCUGAGUGGUGACUAUCGCUCAUUGCGAAAAUCUAAGGUUCUCAUGACAAGACUUUCCGCGCAUGAUCAGAAGACUUUGUUAUACUCCAUCAUACGAAUUCUCUCAAAACAACAUCUGCCCACGGAAGGCCCAUCCCAAGGUUCGAGGCGUGAGGGCCAGAGCAAAGCAAUAGGAGGAGUUGCAGCACUCGUAAGAGCGAUCGUCGGAGAUGUUUCGACUCUGCAGGAUGACCUAGUCGAGUGGCUAGUAGGGGUGUCUGCUGAUGCCGUCGGCCAAGUGCACAAUGCACACAGAGCCGUGACAGCAGCAUUAUCUUCCAUCCCCGAACAAGUCACCAAAGCACUGCAAAGAGGUCUGGCUCUAUUUGGUGACAAGCUUUACAUCAAGCAUACUCCUACAUUGCACCAAGAAGUGAACGCUCAAGUCUUGCUUUUACUUGCUGGUUACGGAUUCCGGGCAGACAAGACAUACCUGAUGCAUCUGUCUCGUUCCAGUAUUUACCUCAAUGCUGUUUCAAAUCGUCUUGCCGCUUCAUCGCAACGAGCCCGGUUCUUGGGGAUGGUGGUUGGCACUGCCUUCUCCGAGCUUGUCGAUCCGAAGGACAAACGAAUGACAUUCACUGCGGAUGAAAUGGAUGGCUCCGAUGGGCAGUGGUACAGAAGCCUAACCAGUGUCAAAGAUUCUGUUGGCUCAAUCAAGGAUCUGAAGCCUGCAUCCACACCGUCAACCAAGUCAUCUACUCAGCUAUUAGAGUCGGUCAAUAGCAGAAAAUCACCAAGACCGAAGAAACCAGCCCAAUCGACCUCCAAAGUCAUCUCGAUCGAAGAAAUAGACGGUAGUUCCGAAUCGGAAGCAGAAGACCUACCGAUGUAUCAGAAGCCGGACUCUGAUCCCGAGGAUGAAGAUGAAGAUCCGACCCUUGUACGGCGAGACCGACCUACGGCUCCAGUGUAUAUCCGCGACCUCAUUGCAGGCCUCCGCGAUGACGAGAACUUCGACCGGCACCAAUUGGCGCUGUCUACCUCCUCCGAUCUCAUCCGUCGUAAGGCUGCCUUUGGUACUGAAGCCUCUGACAAUAUCGAGGAGCUAGCGUCAAUUCUCGUUGGUCUCGGUGACAAAUGGGAGAUGGAGAACUUCCAGCAGAUGCGCCUUCAAGGCAUGAUAGCCGUUCUGACCGCCGAACCCUUGAAGAUGGGCCAAUGGUUCUCCAGAACCUUCUACAACGGCGACUACUCUAUGGGACAACGAGCGUCGGUACUCACAGUCCUUGGUUUGGGCGCUCGAGAAUUAGCUGGUCUGGGCAAGGAGGACGCUCUCUUGACAGGCUCCAACGCCACAACAGAGAGCUCUUUCCCUUCGAAACGAUUACCUGACAAACUCCACAAAAUUUACGCCUCGGAAGCUGCACCAAUGGACGCCCUAUCAAGCCAACUAGAGAAGACCAUGAUCCAACCCAUGGCUGCUGCAGCAGCAGACAAAUUUUCCGGACCCAAUGCACUCAAAGUCCGUACCUUCUCCUCUCGAAUGGCCGUGGAGAAGAAGAGGGAAAAGCCCAUCCCGAAUGCACUGGCCAAGGUCGUCGCCGACGGCUUCUUCUUCCCUCUGACUGGGCGCUGGCGAAUACACCUUCAAUCAUAUGGCGAAAAUUCCUCCCACACCUCUCCCUUCCUUCUGUCCCACCUCCUCAAAACCCUCUCCCUGAUCCUCCACGCAUCCGGCACCUCCACUCUCUCCCUCCCGCAAAUGACAGCCGAGUUCUGGGAUCUACUCCUCUCCCUACGGGCCCGGGCCACCGAUCCUUCCGUGCUCGAAGCCCUCCUCUUUGCUUUCUUGACGUUGCUGGGUAUCAAUGAGAACGACCAGCGACGACUGGCAGAACAGCACGCGAAAGAAUUGCUGGAGACACAGGAAUGGGUGGAUAAUGUCUUUGAGAAGAUCGGUGGAGGCAGUGAGGAAGGGGAGAGGAUUAGGAUGUUGGCGGCUGGCGUGCUGACGAGAUGCAGGGAGGUGGUGGAGAAGUAUCAGAGGACGCUGAUGGGGGAUUUGGUUGAUUUUAUGUGA